UUCAGUAUAUUAUCUUCUUAGAAUUUGGUCUUUAGAGGCAUAGCAUAAAAUUCUAUACUGUCAUUGAAACUCACUAGUUAUGGAUCCAACGCAAGCGUCCGUUCCUCCAUCGCCACCAUCUUCAGCGCCGCCACCGCUGCCACCAUCACCUCCACCGCCGCCUCCGCCACCGCUUCCACCAUAUUCGCCGCCGCCUCCACCGCCACCGCCGCCUCCGCCACCAUCUUCCCUACAACCACUAUCACCAUCUUCCCCGCAACCACUGUCACCAUCUUCAUCGCAGCCACCACCAGAAUCUUUAUUGCGUCAAAGGAAUUCUUCAGCGAAGCUACCACUGCCAUCCCAACGUAAUGCAUCAUCAUCUUCAUUGCAGCCACCACCACCACCACAUUCUCCGGUGCGACAAACGCAAACAUCAUUGCAGCUAAUUCCACCGCCACCUCCACCACCACCAACCUGGCGGUCCCCAAGCGUAAUCUUUGGUGCUGUUUAUAUUGGUUGGAUGGUGUAUUCUUGUAUCCGUGAUAUACUCUUAUUCUGGAAUAAAUCUUGAUUUGGAAUUUCAAGAUUUUAGAAGUGUGAUUGAAGUUGGUUAUUGUGAUGACAGCAUACAUAGAAGACUGUUAACUCAAAUUACUUACAUUUUA